UCUGCCACUGUGCAAUAGCUUCUUCUGCAGUUGAAACGUCCUGCCUUGGAGGCCCAUGAUUUCUUCUGGUGAGAUAACAGAGCGAUUCAGUCACCUGGUUGCUUCUCCAGCAGCAAGACUGUUAGCUUUAACGGCCAUGUUCGAACAUUAACGUUCGUGAUAAACUAGACUAGACGUUCAUGCUUUUGUGUUCACCGAAUCCGAAGCAGAGUAGAAGUAAAACUACUUCAUAAACACCAAAUAGUGUCACCGUCACAGUCUUCGUUACCUUGAAACACACUGUCAUCACCGGGCUAGUGUCAAUUGGAUUCAUUGUUUAUUGGUGCCGUUAGAAUGUGCCGUUUUAUUCUUCAAGGAGGAGGAUUCGUUGAAUACCAGUCUCUACAAUUCUAAUUUAUUUUCAUGUGUAAAACUACCAAGCUAGGAAAAGCCUAGAUCGAAUCGUUUGUCAAGUGCGAACAUUUUAAGCGUAGACUUUCUAGCUCUAGCUUUGUAAGGUGAUGUUUUAAAACAUUUAUAAUUUAUAAAUGUGAAUAGAUUUAUACACAUUUUUAAAAAUCCUGAAUAUUUAGUUUAAUUAGCAUCACGUAUUCAUAGGGCUUGUUUAUUUGAUGAACAGAAAAGCUAAAAAUAGAUAAAAUGUAACUAAAAUAAACUUGAAACUUUUUAAAUUAAAAUAUAUAUAUAUAUAUAAUAAUUAAAAACUUUAUUUGUUUCUGGUCUUUUAAAUCUGUUGUCCUCACUUUUCAACUGAACGGAAAAAAAGCAUAAGUUAAAAAUUGUUUUUCUUUCAUCUUCAUGGCGCAGAGUCUAGAAAUGAGAAAAGAACAACUCCAAGCAGAUAGAUCUUGUAGUUGAAAGUUACUUUUGGAUACAUUACGUGUUAUCUGUCUCGGAAGACAAAGGAGAAAAGAAAAAAAGACAAUCCCAGCUCUUCGAGACUGUCUCAUGUCGUUCUAACGUCUCGCCUCUGCGACGUCUGCUAGCUACUUCAUCAUGACAUCCGUCAUGGAAGGUCAUUUGUCAGCAUUCAAUCAAGGUCCACUAAGGCCGAUUCCAAUACAUCUAUCUCGACCUCCUCCUUUAGAGUAUGUAGCGCCCAUUCAACUUAAAUCAGAGAAAGGAGAGAGACCGAAGCCCGCGUUGUGGAACCCUGCCCUCGACUUAAGCCCGUCAUCCAAAAGCUCAACUCCAAAAGAUGGCUCUGACGUUGUGCGCAAGCGCAGAAUGAUGCAGACAACAACGAGUAACAAGAAACCUUCAACGCCGCCUCCGUUGCCGCCCCCUCUUUGUACGCUCUCUCCAGUUGCUAUGAAAAAUACGCCGCUGCCUCCAGGGUUAUCGCUACCUUUAAGACAGAUGCAGAGCGAUGUCAUUCAUAAGACAUUGGGGCAUCAUAUGCCCAACAAAGAGCUGAUUCUGUCAGGGGGUUCUCCGCUGUAUCAUCAAAUUCAAAGACAUAUAGUUCCUAGCAUUGACAAUCCAUUAGCAUUCUUAGCCUCUAAAGGCGUUUUCUUUUCAAAUCUUUUCGGGGCUGCAGGGGCACUGCAUCAUCACGAUCUCCAGAUGAACAGACCACAGCAUGCAAUGCCAACUUUACCCAACUCUGAGAGACACAUGUCAAUGCAGAAUGCAAUAGCCAUUGCCCAGUCUCGUUCCGUCCUGGAGCGUUUGUCCACAUCUAGUCAUUCACAUUUGCCGCAAGGAAGGCCGCUGGACCAGCAUCAAGCCAGUCGUCACCAGCAUCCUCCUCAGCCGCCGGCUCCGUCCCAAGUGCCACACCAGUCACAGGCGCAUGUACACCAGUCCCCUAUUCAGGAUCGACCCCUGGCCCUUCAGAACGCUAUGGCUCUAGUGCAGACGCAGGCACUGAUGGAGCGCGUCAACGGAUCAGGUCAGGUCAUGUCUCCUCUCAUAAACAUGGACGCUUCGGUCAAUCACGGCUACGGGCGUAAGCUGUUCCCUUGUCCCCAGUGCCGCUACACUACGGAUCGAAGGAAUAACCUGAAGCGUCAUAUGCUAACAAUGCACCAGACCAGCGCCAAAAUGCUCGAAUGCUGUGGCAUACUCUUUAACACCAAAGCGUCCCUGAGGGAGCACGCCAUGAUCUUCCACUACCACGGCUACACAUGCUAUUUCUGCGGGCGCAGGUUCUGCAGAAAGGCGCUCCUGAAGCGACACCUUUCCGUCCACAACGGGCAGAAAGACUUUGUCUGCAACGUUUGUGACUACGCCACGUCUCACAAGAGUAACCUAGAGAGGCACCGGAAGGUCCACUCCAGGCAAGACGACGGCAAGGACGGCGAGGAGCGCUACCACGACGACGAGACUCGCCAUUACCAUGACGACGUGAAAUCCAACGGCAGCGAGGCUGUGAGUCACUAUGACGUCAGCAGCGAUGAACUGUCUGUGUGCUCAGAUUUUGAUGACGACAUUGACGUUGAGAUUAACGUACACAGUGAUUAGCAAAUCCUUCCAUCUCUUACCAUGUAAGAUAAAUUAUCAAAGCUUAGCUCUCGUCUUUCAUUCUAUUCAUCCUGACAUUGAAAUGGGUGAAAAACUAUAACAUUGGUAGACGUUUAUAAAUCAAUUAUAACAUUGGUAGGCUUUAAUAAAUCAACUAUAACAUUUGUAAACUAUUAUAAAUCAAGUAUAACAUUGGUAGACUAUUAUAAUCAAGUAUAACAUUGUUAGACUUUUCUAAAUCAACUAUAACAUUGGUAAACUAUUGUAAAUCAAGUAUAACAUUGUUAGACUAUUAGAAAUCAACUAUAACAUCGGUAGACUUUUCUAAAUCAACUAUAACAUUGGUAGACUUUUACAAAUCAACUAUAACAUUGGUAGACUUUUAGAAAUCAAUUAUAGACUAUAACAUUGGUAAACUAUUAUAAAUCAACUAUAACGUUGGUAGACUAUUAUAAAUCAAUUAUAACAUUGGUAGACUUUUAUAAAUCAACUAUUUCAACUAGAUGAAUGUUAUUAUUUUCUUUCCGCGCGUUGAACCAAAACCAAUGUAUGCAAGAGUUCUCAACUGACCUACAGACACCACAUAAUAUCAAUCAAUUGCUAAUUAUUGGUACAACUUUGAAGUAAUCUAAAUACAAUGUUUUUUUGAUCUUAUAAUUGACAUCGUAUAAUGUCAUUCAACACAAAUGUACAUCAGUUGUAUCAUUAUUUAUAUAUCAUGCUAAUUGUCGUGUACAUGUAAAUAGUGUCCAACGACUGUAAAAAAAUAAAAAAAUUCAUUAUUUUAUUUGGACCUAUCAAUAUUGGACUUGAUUACCAUACACUUAUAAUAUUGCAUCUGUAGUGUGUUAUCUACUUUACGGUAGAUUCAAAUAACAUCCACAGAUCUUUGACAUUUAUGUGUGGACCAAAAGAACAACAUCCAGAUAAUUUACCAAAAUCAUAAACAAUUAUGCCAAGUGAAAGUGAUAUUGUCAUCUUAAAUUCUACUUUUUAUUAUUAUUAUUAUUACUCGAUAUAUUUAUAUGUAACAGUUCCGACCAAACUAUGUUUUAGUAAUAAUGUUGGUCGUCAUUUAAAAAGCUAAACACAUUAAUUUGUAGAAUAUUGUACAAAUCUUAAUGUUCUAUAGAAUAUUUCAAUUAAAGACAAAGUUGAAAAUUAAUGGGAGCUAGCCUUCUUCACCUAGUUUAUAUCAACCACACAACCAUCUCCUGAAUCUAAUACCGAAUGUUCGUGGUUCUUUUACAUUUCGUCCAAAAUCACUAUUGGGGCUAAAUUUAGACGGAUAUGUUUUUUUUUUUUUUUUUUUAUCAAUUUAAGCUAUUCUCCUUCAACCCUCCCCCCUUCCCGCCCCUAGCGAGCCAACAAUCAAUAUCAAAAUUUAACCCUAAAACUGUAAUGUGCUGUGACAUAUCAAAAUACAGUUGUGGUUGAGGUCAAUCUUAAAAAGUGUUUUUCAAUAUGUUCACUCCACUCCACCGGCAGUUUCUGUGACUCAAAUCACAUGAAGUCUAACGUAAGAUAGUGCUUGUGUCUUAGAUUAUGGUAGAAAUAUCUAGAUUGAUAUAUACAAUUUACACUGGCAUUAUUUAACUUGGCUGAGAAGCGCAGGCUAUAUUCUCCAUUCGUCGUGGUCAGCUACUAUCCGCAUGUCAGGAGACUAGUCCGGCCUCAUUAACAAAGAAAAUUCUCUGAGAAAGUAACAGACACAAACCACUACAAAGUCAAACUAAUCUAAAUCAACAAUAUUUAAGCAAUAAUAAAGUAACAACUCUACACAUUGUUGUGAUUUCAGGUCGGAACUUGUUGAUAUAUCUUGUAUGUAAUUAACAUAGGAACGAUAACAAACUAAUAUGUGUCAAUAAUUAACUGGCUGUUACUUUAGGAAUUACUUCAGUUUUUGUUUUGGUGUCUAGUACUACCAAUGAAUAUUCGAGAUUCAUUGUUUCUCCACGCAUUGUCGUUUAUUUGUAACCAGUGGUUGGCCUGGUCGGUUAUACAAUUCGUGGCCUCUAUCUAUCGUAGUUAAUAACGAAAUGUAACGUAAUCUAAUACUUGGAGUGCUACAGAUGAUAUUAUUUAAAGAAAGUACCAGAAACUGUGAUUUGAUUGGGUCAGGUAUCAUCAUGGUAGCACCAAUAGAGUGAGAAACAAAGUUCAUUUAAAUCGAGAUCCAGUGAAAGUUGUUUUUUUUUCCAAAGUUUAUAUCAGCUCCCUCCAUCUGUCUGGCCGGUACAACUUUAUAUAUAGGUCAUUAGUAAUAAUAAUCGUUAUUAUCCAUAAGAAAAUGUGUUAUACAAUUUGUGCAUUACACCAAAUUAUUGUUAAUUAAUUAAUUAAUAAUUAUUUGUUUAUUUUGAAAAAUGGAAAUAAAUCUUACAGUAUUUAGAUAUAUAGCUGGAAAUGUGCAACUCUUUCCCUUUUAUUAGCUUUUUUUAAAAAAUAUAUUUAUGCAUCGGUUGUUCUUUUGAAUUGUGUCUCUUCAUAACCGUCUCUUUUUGUUUGACACAUUUAAUUCUGCAAGCGGUAGACUAGGUGAAUAGUGAACUUAAUUCUAGAUCAUAACUAGACAUUAUUUGUCAACCUAAGUCAAGUCAAGCAAGAAGUUUGUCUUUGUUCUGAUAGUUACAACAGAGGCGGUCUUUAGGGGUGGCGAUCAGGACGACCGCCCAAGGUUCUUGGCAUGAGCGGGCCACGCGAUAUUGAGAUUCUUUUGUUACCUUCAGCCCAUCCUACAAGCAUACGACCCACGAAUUCUGAUGUACCGCAAGAAUACGGCACAGACUGAAAUACCGUGUGAUGGACUUAUUCCACAUAUUGUCUUCUAAACAAGAACUCAAUAGUAUUGAAUCCUUACGGCAUCUAUAUUGAUUACCACGAAGGUUAUAGGCAUGAUAUUUUAGAGUUAGGGUUAGGCACAGCAUUAGGCACUCGUCCAGGGCCCCGAAUACUGCUAAGGCCAACACUGUUAGAAGUGGUUCAAUAAUCUAAUCAAAUGUUGUGAAGAUAAUUGUCGUGUAUCUGGGUUAUAUUUAUUUAUAUCAUUUUUCCUUCACUCCUAAGUAAGAACAUCUCUCAUCACAAAGCUGAAACAGAAGACAAAUACUCACUAAUAUUGAUCUGUGACCUGUCCACGCAAUGUAGUGUAUACUAAGAAUGAGUGAGAAUUAGUUCCAGCUAAGGCCUAGGCCUCACUAGUAUGUGGUUAAUUUUUUUGUUAUUGAAUUUCGUUUUGAUUUUUUGUUUCAUUUAAAUGAAAUAUAUAAAAUGUAAAUAAUUGUAUAAAUAUACCAUGACUUCUCUCCGUUACACGCCACCCGUAGCAGUACUGUCAUUUAAAUGUCAUGUGCAAAUAAUUGUAACAUAUUAAAUUAUUAUCAUCUUUUGAUUUGUCAAAUAUUUGGUCAUAGUCCAAACGUCCUUGUAUAAUGGUGAAGAGAAUGAUUAUUAUUGUUUAGAUCCUUGCAAAUUUUAUUGUUUUUGUUUUUUUUUUUGUUUCGUUUGGAUGCAAUAAACUUUUACUGAGAGCCAUCAAUCAAA